CUCAUGAAGAAGCCAGUGCUCAAGUCAGGAGUGCCCAGUACCUCUACAGAAGUCCACUUGCAUGGUCCCUUAAAGGAGAAAAAAACUAGCUAGUCUCUCCAUCAUCUGCCCACCUCACCAAUAGGGCAAGAUGGCACGGGAUAUGUCUGAUAAAGACAUCCUGAAAAUGGAGAUUGAGCAGCUUCAGAAGGAGGUGAAGAACACGAGAGAGCCAGUCUCCAAAACAGCGAAGGAGCUUUGUGAGUUUGUUGAAGCUCAGUCAGCUGAAGAUCCUCUUAUUAAAGGAGUGCCUGAAGACAAGAACCCCUUCAAGGAGAAGGGUGGCUGUAUAAUAACCUAGCAAAGGCUGUGCAGUAGCUCUGUGAGAACUCAGUAUAGGGACCUUUUGUGUCAGCCUUUCACCCCAUUCACAAUUUUCCCUCAUGUACAGGUUCAAUGGUAGUCAUUCAUGUAGUUUUCUGAUAGAGUUCUGACUGUUUCAAUGCCAUUUCAAAGAAAUAGAGUGUAAAUAAAAGUAUGUAUACUGUAA